AUCUUUGAAAACAAGUUUGGAGCAACCAACUGGAAGAGUGACGUUCCAAACUCGUUUGACUACUUUUCGUCCAUUUCGAAGAUAUAAUCAACCAUCAUGGAUGCAGAAUCAAGACUAUCUCCACAAUCUAGAGACUCAGAUGAAUAUAAUCCUCUGGCUGAACGAUUGUUGGAGAAAGUUCCUACAAAACCAAGGCGGAAUCCAGAUGCGCUUCCAUUUCACAUACCCCACAAGAAAUCAUCAAAGAAGGUGGCACAUGAAGAAUUGCUAUCGGCAAAGCCAUCAGUAUCAGUGCUCGAUCUUACAGCAUCUCAGAUAAAAAGGAGACGAAGUUCAUUGCAGUCCAGGAGAAGUUUAGCACCAUCGUCACCCAUUCGUCUUCCUCCAAUAUCAAGAGUUGAUGAUAAGCUACCUGUACAUACAGCACAAAGAAAAGAGAAGAAGGAGGUUACUGAUAUUAUGAAACCAACAAGCAUGCUAGAAGUAGCUGAUCAGAGGUCCUUAAUUGAAUUGGUGCGACGCAAUAAGAAGAUUGGUUUUCUGUACAUGACAUAUGCUGUACCAAGGUCAUCAAAAUUUUUCACCCCUUACUGCUUAAGAGUGGUUCCAUACAAAAAUAUUGAUAAGCAGAAUUUUCUGACAAUAAGUUCAGAAGGAGUGACUCAAUUUUAUCCUGGUGACAUGGUAUUUACUAGUCUUCAGCAGUGGGAGUAUGAGUAUGACAGAUAUUGUAACUUGAUAUUAAUAAAAACAUUCUCUAUGUUUCGCAUGUGGAAAGGCUUUUAUGUCUGGAGAAAGAAUGUAAAAUGGAAGAAAAUUCAUGAUGCAAGAAAAUCCCUUAAUGAAUUGCUUUUCUUGCUGAAUCCAGCCUUACGUAAAGCAUUACUAGACGUUCAGCUUGCUUGUAAUAAGAUGGUUGAAGUAUAUUUCACUGACUUUAGUAAUAAGGAAAAGAAUAUCUUAUUUGAAUUCAUGAAUGCUCAGAUGAAAAAUCUGGUUAUAGUUCGUGAACAGUUACUUGAAUAUAGAGACAUAGUUAAAGAACUUAUUAAUUGUGCUUGUCACAAAGCACUCCUGUCUGUUGGAUUCACCACAGAUGAUCACAAUUUCCUGAUUCAGCCAACUUCAUCAGCAACAAGUGGAGCAAAACGCAGUGCUAAUUCACAGUUCCAGAUGUCUUACAUGAAGCAGAUCAAUAAGCGACGGUUCUGCACAAGGCUUACAAGUUUCAUACAUUUAAUUGACUUAAUGAUGGUGGGAAUGUUACAUGUUCUUGUGGUGAGAUCAUUGCUUGACCUUGAUAAAACAUUACAAAUGCACCUACACUUUUUGCCUAAUGAUGAGGCUCUGAAUUCUUUGGCUACAGAUGUUAACAUUGCUCCUCAGAGACCCUCCAGCAUCCCUCAGCUACCUCUCUUUAUUAUUAACCUUCUCAUUGAUGAGCACACAUUACUACUUGAUCCUCCUGAGCGUGCCUAUAUUGAGUCUCUAAGUCAGUUGAUGGACUUCUGGGAAGAAACAGUAAUAAAUAUAAACACGUUUCUUCCAGAUCCAUAUUUCAAACCAUUCACUGAGCCCAUGAUAUGUGGAAAAGCAGAAGGAAGACUCUGUGGUACAGGACCUGAAAUUGAUGUCAUCCUGAAAGAAGACAAACAUCGUCUUGAUAUUCGCACAAAUAUUAUAUUAAGCAUUCAUAGCAAUUUUGAAGCAAUUAAUAAAUAUAUUCAGAGAUUUCAGUUUAUUAGAGAAUUUCACACUGUUAACACAGCAACUGACAUGGAAUCUAUAACUAAUGAAACAGUUAUGGAGAAAUUUAGAAAACUUCUUACAUCCUAUCAUCAACAAAUUGAUGAUAUCAAUAAACUCCAGGAUUCUCAAGAUAUUGGGAUUUUCCAGUUAGUCUUUGAGCGAUUAAAGGGAACUGUAUUGCCAGUUACGACAGCUUUAUUAGGUGCAGUUGAGCUUACAUUACCACGAAUUGGCAAAGAAAAGAUAGAUGACCUUGUUACUGAAGCUGGAGAAGCCCAAGCUUUUCUGGAACUGGAACCAAGGACAACAAUACAGUUUGUUGAAUAUCUUACUUUCCUUGACUCAGCUCAGCAUAAGGUUGAUAUGAUGGAAACUCAGAUGGAUUAUUGUAAGGAGCUCUAUGACAUUAUUGAUGAAUUCCAGAUACCAUGUGCACCAGAAGAUCAAGUAAAUUACUUGGGCUUCAGUGUAACUUUAUCAGCACUUCGUAGUGUGGUAGAUGGAAAGCUAACUGAAUAUCCAAAAAUACUGAGCAAGUUUGAUGACCAGAUAAACAGAGACAUAAGUUCAUUAUUCUCUGAUGUUGGAGAUGUGAAGGAUGAGGUUACGCAACCAUGGUUGAUUGAUGUGAACUCAAACCCAGAAGAAGUUAAGCUGACACUGAAUAUGCUCAGUGAGCAACUGGCAGAAUUCCAGAAAAAGGCUGCUGAGUACAGAGGAUACCAGAGACAAUUCAAACUGGAAAUCACAAAAUUUGAACUUUUAGAUGAAGUCCUUAAUGAUGUCAAAUUACGUCAACUUCUGUGGGAGAGUGUUGAGAAAUGGGACAAGUUAAUACAAGAGUGGUAUGAAGCUGAUUUCAGCACAUUGGAUCCAGAGGAAAUGAAUGUGACAACAAUGCGCUUUAUUAAGAACAUUCUGCAACUGGAAAAAGGAUUACCAGAAAAUUUGAUCCUUCCUCAGCUGAAAUAUAAUGUUGAACUAAUGAAAGAUAAGAUGGCAGUGGUCACAUAUUUACGUAAUCCAUCAUUAAAACCACGUCACUGGCUCCAAAUAGAAGGUGUACUGAAGUAUAAAUUUCCUACAGAAGAGCCUAUUACAUUGCGUUUGUUGGAAUGUAUAGGAGUUUUCACAUUUCCAGAUGAACUUCAAGAAAUUUCAGGGCAGGCAAGCUCUGAAUCUGGAUUGGAAUCGUUGCUACAGAAAGUCGAAGAUGCAUGGAAAACAAUUGAAUUCGUUGUCUUACCUCACAGGGAUAGCAAGGAUGUGUUCAUUCUUGGAGGGCUUGAGGAAAUACAGCAAGUUUUAGAUGAUAGUAAUAUUAAUAUGAGCACAAUAACAAGUUCACGUCAUGUGGGGCCUAUCAAGCCAAGAGUGGAUGAGUGGGCCAGUCAGCUUCAGUUGUUUAGUAAUACUUUGGAUGCAUGGAUGCUAUGCCAACAAGGAUGGAUGUAUUUAGAGUCUAUUUUUUCUGCUCCAGAUAUACAAAGGCAAUUGCCUCAAGAAGACAAGAUGUUUAAUAUUGUUGAUAAAUCAUUUAAGGAUAUAAUGAGAAGGACUGCAGAGAAUCCACUGGCUAUGCAAGCAUGCACAGCUCCAGGCUUACUGGAGACAUUCAAUAGAAAUAAUGUCCUACUUGAUCAAAUUAUGAAAUGUUUGGAGGCUUAUCUGGAAACUAAACGUGUUGCAUUUCCACGAUUUUAUUUCCUUUCCAAUGAUGAACUUCUAGAAAUUUUGGCACAGACGAGAAACCCGUUUGCAGUACAGCCGCAUUUAAGAAAAUGUUUUGAUGCUAUUGCAAAACUGGAAUUUGGUGUACACGAGAAGGAGGGAGAAUCUGGUGAAACAGCCGCAACAGUAAUGACUACUGACAUUGUAGCAAUGAUAUCACCAGAAGGAGAGAGAGUAGCUCUUGGACAGGGUUUAUAUGCAAGAGGAAAUGUUGAAGAUUGGUUAGGGAAAGUUGAAGAAUACAUGUUCCUCACUCUUAGAAAGCGAAUGAAAUUUGCUAUUGGUGACCACAAUAAUAGUGAAAGAGAAGUUUGGGUGGUUUCCCAUCCAGCACAGAUUAUAUUGACUGUAUCUCUUAUAAUAUGGUGCGAGAAUGUACAUCUUGUAUUUAUGCCAGACAAGAAUAUUAAGCAAGCCCUGGCUGCAUUUGAAAAGAAAUGUUUUCAGGAUUUGAACAGUCUUGCAGCAAUGGUGAGAGGUGACUUAAGUAAACUAAAUCGAAUGAUAAUCUGUUCACUUAUUACAAUAGAUGUUCAUGCAAGAGACAUCAUUACUUCACUAGUGAAACUGAAUGUACAAAACAGCUCUCACUUUGAAUGGUUGAAGCAGCUUCGUUAUUACUGGGAGGAAGAUAUAGACAACUGUGUUGCACGAAUGUCAAGUGCAUGUUACGUUUAUGGAUACGAGUACCUGGGAGCAUCUCCGCGCUUGGUGAUAACACCUCUUACUGAUAAAUGUUACCUUUGCCUGAUGGGUGCUUUGCAAUUAGACUUAGGUGGAGCUCCUGCAGGACCAGCAGGUACAGGGAAAACAGAGACUACAAAAGAUCUUGCUAAGUCAUUGGCUAUACAGUGCGUAGUGUUCAACUGCUCAGAAGGUCUGGAUUAUAAGAUGAUGGGUCGGUUUUUCUCUGGUUUGGCACAGUCUGGUGCGUGGUGCUGCUUUGAUGAAUUCAAUCGAAUUGACAUUGAAGUAUUGUCAGUUAUUGCACAGCAACUAAUUACAAUAAGAAAUGCCAAGGCUGCAAAACUCGCCAGAUUUGUAUUUGAAGGAAGGGAGAUUAAGCUUAUACAAACUUGUGCUGCUUUUAUUACAAUGAACCCAGGAUAUGCUGGCAGGACAGAGUUACCAGACAACUUAAAAGCACUUUUCCGGCCAAUAUCCAUGAUGGUUCCUGACUAUGCUCUUAUUGCAGAAGUAAUCCUUUAUUCUGAAGGUUUUGAGUCAUCCAAGAAUCUUGCAAACAAGAUGGUUCAAAUGUAUAAACUCUGCAGUGAACAACUAUCUCAGCAGGAUCACUAUGACUUUGGGAUGAGGGCAGUAAAAAGUGUGCUGGUUAUGGCUGGUUCUCUGAAGAGAGAGAAUCCUGACAAGAGUGAAGAUGUUGUACUUAUUAGAGCAUUGAGAGACAGUAAUCUUCCAAAAUUCCUCACUGAUGAUGCUACAUUAUUUCAGGGUAUUUUAGGUGAUCUGUUCCCUGGUGUUGAGAUCCCAGAGCAGGAUUAUGGAGUCUUACAAGCUGCUAUAAUAACAGUAAUGGAAGAGAAUGAUUUGCAGCCAGAAUCAUGUAUGAUUGCAAAGGUGAUACAGUUCCACGAGACAAUGAUUGUUCGACAUGGUGUUAUGCUUGUUGGCCCUACAGGUGGUGGAAAGACAACUGUUAUAAAUGUACUGAAAGAUACGCUCACUAGAUUACAUGCUGAUGGUGUACCAGGGCCUGUUUAUCGGCCUGUAAUAACGUAUGUAUUAAAUCCCAAAUCUGUAACUUUAGGAGAGCUUUAUGGUGAAGUGAAUUUACUAACAAUGGAAUGGAGAGAUGGCCUCUUAGGAAUCAUGGUUCGCACUGCUGUUCAGUGUGAAGAUGAAAUACAUCAGUGGGUAAUCUGUGAUGGUCCAGUAGAUGCAGUCUGGAUUGAGAAUAUGAAUACUGUCCUAGAUGACAACAAAAUGUUAUGUUUGGCAAACUCAGAACGUAUAAAACUCACACCUUGGGUCCACAUGGUCUUUGAGGUGCAAGAUUUAGCACAAGCCUCCCCUGCUACAGUCAGUCGCUGUGGGAUGGUCUAUAUAGAUCCUGAAGAAUUGCAGUAUAUGCCAUAUGUAAACACUUGGUUGAAGAAUCUUGGUGCACCAAUGCCGCCUGAACUUAAAGAUUAUGUCAAGCAGUUGUAUGAAGGUUAUGUUGACAAAGGACUGACCUUUGUCAAGAAAAACUGCAACCAUGCAAUAGCACAGGCAGAUAUCAGCAAAGCUGCUAUGCUUUGUGGGCUGAUGGAGAGUCUAAUUAUGUCACCUGGAAGUAUUGACAAAACGUCUGAUGCUUCUCGAAUAAAAAAUUUCCUGUGCCAGGCCUAUGUGUUUUCAUAUCUUUGGUCCCUUGGUGGCAACCUCACUGAUGCAUCCCAAGAAAAAUUUGAAAUUUUUGUGAAGGAGCAGUUUGAUGACCAUCCAGAUGCACGUUUGCCAGCUGCUGAUGAUCUAUGGAGUGUGUAUGUAAACAUUCCACAAAAAAGAAUGAGCCUUUGGAGCAGCAUAGUGCCGGCUUUUCAAUUUGAUCGGGAAAUGCCUUUUUUUGAAAUGUUAGUACCAACUACUGAUACUGUCCGUUUUGGUUAUGUAACUGAGAGGUUACUUUCUGUCAGGAGGCAUGUCUUACUCACAGGAGACACAGGUGUUGGGAAAUCUGUCAUUGCUAAAGAGGUCCUGAACAAAUUGUUAGCACAAGGAGAUCAUAUUACUGUGGCACUGAAUUUUUCUGCCCAGACCAGCAGUAGCCGCACACAAGAAAUAUUUGAAGCUAAGUUGGAGCGAAGAAAAAAAACUGUGCUGGGCCCUCCACUUGGCAAAAAACUUGUUUUCUUUGUGGAUGAUGUCAACAUGCCAAAGCUGGACACCUAUGGUGCCCAGCCUCCAAUUGAAUUAUUAAGACAAUAUCUUGACUUUGGUGGGCUGUAUGACAGAGAGAAAUUGUUCUGGAAAGAAAUUCAAGAUGUUGUUAUUAUAGCAGCAUGUGCACCACCUGGAGGUGGAAGGAAUCCAUUGACUCCUCGAUUUGUGCGCCAUUUUUCUAUGCUGUUUAUUCCUUCACCUUCUGAGUUCACACUGAAAAAUAUUUUCAAGGUAAUACUGCGUGGCUUUCUUAGUGAUUUCACAAACCCAGUGAAAGACUUAGGAGAUAUUAUUGUAAAUUCAGCAGUGGAAAUAUAUAAUCGAAUAUCAGAAGACCUCCUGCCCACACCUGCAAAAUCCCACUAUGUCUUCAAUCUGCGUGAUUUAUCCAAGUGUAUACAAGGUGUACUGCAAGCAGAUGCUGGCACUGUGAGGGAAGCUAUUCAGAUGAUGAGGUUGUUCUAUCAUGAAUGCCUGCGAGUUUUUCAUGACCGUUUAAUAAAUAUUGAAGAUAAAAGCUAUUUUUAUAAAUUAAUGUAUGAGGUAUGCAAUCGCACCUAUGGAGAUCCUGUCAUUCAGUUGCCUGAAGAGGAAAUAAUUCUUCACCCACCUGUUCUUCUCUUUGGUGAUUUCAUGGUUAUGGGAGCAUCUAAAGAGGACAAAGUAUAUGAAGAAAUAACAGACAUUGAGAAGUUCAAGAAAGUAGCUCAGGACUAUUUAGAAGACUACAACUUAACGACACCCAAAGAAAUGAAACUUAUAUUUUUUAUGGAUGCUCUGGAACACAUAACUCGCCUGGCACGAAUUUUAAGAGCAGAAAGAGGAAAUGGACUGUUGGUGGGUGUAGGAGGAAUGGGUAAGCAAAGCUUAACCCGACUUGCAGCACAUCUCUGUGGAUACAAGUGUUUUCAGAUUGAGCUGACACGUAACUAUGAUCACGCAUCAUUCCAUGAUGAUCUUCGUUUAUUAUAUUUUAAUGCAGGUGCAUUGAAUCAGGACACAGCCUUUCUCUUUACAGAUUCACAGAUUGUGUCAGAGGAAUUUCUAGAAGAUAUCAACAACAUUUUGAACUCAGGUGAAGUGCCUAACCUUUUUGAAUCUGAUGAGUAUGAAAAAGUUAUCAUUGCAUCAAGAAAUGAUGCAAAGGAGGCAGGCAUUGAUGAAGGAAACAGAGAUGGAAUAUUUGAGUUUUUUAUAAGCAGAGUUAGAAGCAGGCUCCAUUUAGUUUUAUGUAUGAGUCCUGUGGGAGAUGCCUUUAGGCGAAGGUGCCGUAUGUUUCCCUCUUUGGUUAACUGUUGCACAAUUGACUGGUUUGUGGAAUGGCCUCAAGAAGCGCUGCUGUCAGUAGCAAGCACAACACUUGCAGAAGUUGGUAGUGAGGAACUAAUUGAAAAGCUCUCUACAAUGUGUGUCACAAUUCAUGAGAGUGUGGCACAAAUGACAAUACGUUUCUACAACGAAAUGCGGCGGUAUUAUUACACAACUCCAAGUAGCUACUUGGAACUCUUGAAGCUGUACUUGACUAUGCUGCAGAAUAAGACAGAUCAGUUACAAAAGAAACAUGACCGUAUUGCUAAUGGCCUACGGAAACUGUAUGAAACAAAUGAACUAAUUGAUAGAAUGAAGAUUGAAUUGACUGCAAUGGAACCAGAACUGAAGCAGAAAUCAAUAGACGCAGUUGAACUUAUGAAGCAUUUAGUAAAAGAGCAGGCUCAAGCAGAUAAAGUGAGGAAGAUUGUGGUGGCAGAUGAGGCAGUCGUAAAGGUAAAAGCUCAGGAAACUCAGCAGCUAGCAGAUGAAGCACAGCGUGAUCUAGAUGCAGCACUGCCAGCAAUGGAAGCAGCUAUGAAGGCUCUGGAAUCACUCAAUAAGAAUGAUAUCAAUGAACUUCGUGUGUUUACUAAACCACCACAACUAGUCAAAUUUGUUAUGGAAUCUGUAUGUCUUCUUAUGGGUGCGAAAACUGACUGGGCUUCAGCAAAAACCCUGCUUGGAGACACUAACUUCCUGAAGAGGCUUCAAGACUAUGAAAAGGACAAUAUAACAGACAACAUGUUGAAGAAACUGAAACAGUAUGUGGAUCAUCCAGACUUCACCCCUGAGACUGUCGCAGGUGUAUCAAAAGUUUGUAAAUCGAUAUGCAUGUGGGUACGAGCAAUUGAUUGUUAUGCCAAAGCAUAUCGUGUUGUACAGCCAAAGAAAGCAAAGCUGGCAGCAGCAGAACAGGAACUCAAUCAAAUAAUGUCAGUACUGCGUGAGAAACAGCAAGCGUUGGCAGCAGUAGAGAAACAGAUAGCAGACCUAGAAGCAACAUAUGACAGAAGUGUCAAUGAAAAAGCAGAGCUUGAACGAAUGAUGGAACUCACUGCUAACCGCCUGGUUCGUGCUGGUCACCUCACAACUGCUCUUGGUGAUGAGCAGCUGCGAUGGGAGAAAUCUGUUAAGGAUUUAAAAGAAGCACUGAUAACAGUUGUGGGAGAUGUUCUGGUGGCUGCUGCAUGUGUUGCUUACCUUGGGGCAUUUACAAACAAUUAUCGCAUAGAGCUAGUUCAAAAGUGGGUCGAACAUAUCAUGGCUUUGGAGAUUCCUGCAUCUGAGGUUUUCAGUUUAAUCAAUGUUCUGGCAGAUCCAUUUGAAAUAAGACAGUGGAAUGUCUAUGGAUUGCCACGUGAUAAUGUCUCAACAGAAAAUGCAAUAAUGGUCACUAAAGGCAGUAGAUGGCCUCUGAUGAUUGAUCCUCAAGAACAGGCAAGCAGAUGGAUAAGACAAAUGGAAAGUGAAAAUCAAAUAAAAAUCGUGAAACUAACAGACUCAGGAUUUAUGCGGUCACUUGAAGGUGCUGUUCGAGUUGGUAUGCCUGUAUUACUUGAAGAAUUAGGGGAAACAUUGGAUCCCACUCUUGGACCAAUACUUUUACGCCAGACAUUUGUCCAGGGUGGAAGACUUCUCAUUCAUCUUGGUGAUUCAGAUGUUGAAUAUGAUCCUAAUUUCCGUUUUUAUAUGACAACCAAGCUCUCCAAUCCUCACUACCUUCCUGAAGUGUGCAUACAAGUGACAAUUGUUAAUUUCACUGUUACUCGUUCAGGACUAGAAGAUCAGCUUUUGAGUGAUGUUGUCCGUCUGGAGAGACCUGAUCUGGAGAAACAACGAAAUGAGCUAAUAACUAGGAUUAAUAAUGACAAAACACAACUGCAGAAUAUUGAGGAUAAAAUAUUAAGAAUGUUGUUUACAUCUGAAGGUAACAUUCUUGAUGAUGAAGAGCUAAUUGAAACACUUAAUAAAAGCAAGGAAACUUCUGGAACCAUUGCAGCCAGACUUGUUGAGGCAGAAGCAACUGAACAAAAAAUUUCUGUUGCCAGAGAGAAAUACAGAACUGUGGCUGCUCGUGGUUCUGUUUUAUAUUUUGUUGUUGCACAGUUGGCAGAAAUCGAUCCCAUGUAUCAGUACUCACUACGAUAUUUUAAUCAGGUCUUCAACACAGUAAUUGAAACAAGUGAAAAAUCCGAUAUACUGGAUGUCAGAUUAAUGACACUUCUUGCUGCAAUUACACUUGCAGUGUAUACAAAUGUUUCACGUGGUUUAUUUGAACGGCACAAGUUGGUGUUCAGUUUUCUACUAUGUAUAAAUAUAUUAAAACAUGCUGGUGAGAUAACAGAAGCUCAGUGGGGAUUUCUUUUAAGAGGACCAAUGUCUGCAAAAAAGGACCUUCCAAAGAAGCCUGAUAUCUCGACUCUCUCAGAUGCUAUGUGGAUGGCUGUCAACUUCUUGGAUGAUGCAUUUCCUAGUUUCAAGGGCAUCACAAAUGAUGCGCUAAAAGCCAUACCAGUAAUGAUUGGAACUUUUAAACAGGUAAUAAAUCUUACCAACGAUUCAGCAGCACCCAUUGUCGAAAGCUGGGAUCAAACUCUUAGCAUGUUUGAGAAGCUAAUGCUUCUAAAAGCACUGAAAGAAGAAAAGCUUGUUUUUGCUAUUACUGCCUUUGUGAGAGAAAAGCAAGGCCAAAGUUUUAUUGAAAGUCCACAAGUCAGUUUACAUGUUCUCUACAAGGAUACCUCAAAUGUUGUGCCUCUCAUAUUUGUUUUGAGCACUGGAUCUGACCCUUUUGGAGCAUUUCAAAGGUUUGCUACAGAGAAAGGAUUCAGAGACAGAAUACUGUCUAUUUCAUUGGGGCAAGGUCAAGGUCCAGUUGCUGAAAAACUUAUUGGUACUGGCACAGCAAAUGGAGACUGGGUCUUUUUGCAGAAUUGUCACCUUGCAACUUCGUGGAUGUUAUCUAUGGAAAAAAUCAUCAUUGGUUUCUCAGAGAAUCCAGAACAAGUUAAUCCUGAUUUCCGCUUAUUUCUCAGCUCAAUGCCGUCAAAAUCUUUUCCUGUAUCUGUUCUGCAGAACUCUGUAAAGGUUACAAAUGAACCACCAAAAGGUCUUCGUGCAAAUAUAAAAAGGGCAUUCCUUGAACUUACAGAGGAUUUCUUUGAAGAUCACCCACUUGGUCCAGACUGGAGAAAAAUGAUAUUUGGCAUUUGUUUCUUCCAUGGAGUAAUUCAAGAACGUAAGAAGUUUGGUCCGCUUGGCUGGAAUAUUACAUAUGAAUUCAAUGACAGUGACAGAGAGUGUGCAUUAAAUACAAUGAAGAUGUUCUGUGCUGAAAACUCAAUUCCUUGGGAUGCUCUUGAAUAUAUAACUGGGGAAAUAACAUACGGAGGCCGUGUUACUGAUUCAUGGGACCUGAGAUGUCUCAAAACAAUACUGAAAGGAUUUUUCUCACCAAAAAUUUUAAAGUCAGGAUAUAUUUAUUCUGCAUCUGGUGUCUACUAUUGCCCUGAAUCUGAAGAUUUUUCGACAUUGGAGCAGUACAGAAACUUUAUAGACCAACUUCCAAUUAUAGAGGAACCAGAGAUUUUUGGAAUGCACGAAAAUGCAAAUAUAGCUUUUCAGGUAAAGGAAACACAGACAGUCAUUCUUACAAUUCUUGAUGUCCAACCUCGAGAAUCAAGUGGAGCAGAAGGAAAAUCCAGUGAUGAAAUAAUAUUUGAACUUGCAGAUGCAAUAAGAGGACAAAUUCGGAAGAAGUUGGAUCCAGAUGAAAUUCACCCAUCUCUUCUUGUACGUGAUGAAAAAGGACGAUUGCCUUCUCUAACAACUGUUUUACUGCAAGAGACUGACCGAUUUAAUAAGCUGUGCCAUACCCUGCAUUCUUCACUUGACAAUCUUCAGAAAGCCAUUAAGGGCUUGGUGGUGAUGUCAGAAGCCCUAGAAGAGAUGUUUAUCUCCUGCAUGAAUAACCAGGUGCCAAAAAUGUGGGCAACAGUGGGAUAUUUAUCUCUUAAGUCACUUGGAAGCUGGAUACGUGAUCUUGAAACAAGACUUGACUUCAUACAGACAUGGUUAACAAGUGGACAGCCUAUCUCAUUCUGGAUAUCUGGCUUCUUUUUCCCACAAGGUUUUCUGACAGGUACUUUACAGACACAUGCACGAAAAUAUGAACUGCCUAUUGAUCAACUGAAAUUUGAGUUCACUGUACAAAAGGUGGUACUAGAUCAGGAACUGCUGAAGGCAGCACACUAUCAAGCAGAAGGAAAAGAGGUUCCAGAAAUGUAUGAAGGACUAAAAAGACCAAGUGAUGGAGUCCUCGUGCAUGGAAUAUUUCUAGAUGCUUCAAGAUGGGAUCUUCAGACAAUGACACUAUGUGAUCCAAAUCCUGGCGAAAUGAAUCCUCCUCUUCCUGUGACCUUACUGACGCCCGUAACUGCACUUACUUACAAAGGAAUAAGAUAUGUCGCACCACUGUAUAAAACAUCUGAACGUGCUGGGGUGCUUUCAACUACGGGUCAUAGUACCAAUUUCGUCAUUGCUUUUUAUCUACCUUCAAAGCAAGAGGAAAGCUACUGGAUUUUGAAAGGUGCAGCUCUGUUAACGCAAAUAACGGACUGAAUAUGCAUACUAGUUAUUUGCACGUUUAUUUGUUUUUAUUAUUUAGGUUGGUGUUGUGUCCUGCAACGUAGAAGGAGCUUUUGUAAUUGUAUUUCUUAAUAAAGAGAUUGGGAUAUUUGUAUAUAAUUUUCGAAUUUUCUGCUCUCGAACAACUGACUAAU